AUGCAAAGUCAAAAUAUAAUAAACAAUCAGAAUUCACAAGCAAUAAAUGACAUCAGAGGAACACUCACAAGAGUGACCACCUCUCUGAGUGCUCAGGAAAAGGGAAAAUUUCCUGCUCAACCUCAACCCAACCCUCAAGGACAGAAUCAACAAAUUCAGAGUAAUGCUGAAAGUGCCAAUGUCAAAUCUGUCAAGGCCAUCACAACUCUAAGGAGUGGUAAGGUUGUGGAUAUUCCUGCACAUGGUGCAACCAGCUCAGGUAAAAAUUCUAACCCUCCCCAAGAUAAAGAUGAGCCAAGCAUGCUAGAAUCUGAAACAAAUACAUGCCCCACACCUGCCCUAUUCCCACAUAGAUUACUUUCUCUGCAUAAAGAAAAACAACAUGCUGAAAUUCUGGAAAUUUUUAGACAUGUCGAGAUUAAUAUUCUUCUUCUUGAUGCUAUAAAGCAAAUUCCUGCUUAUGCUAAAUUUCUAAAGGAUUUAUGCACUGUAAAACGGAAGUUAAAUGUGCAAAAAAAGGCCUUUCUCACUGAGCAAGUUAGUGCAAUAAUUCAAAAUCACACACCACCCAAGUAUAAUGACCCUGGUUCACCAACUAUUUCUUGUGUCAUUGGAAAUUCAAAAAUUGGCCAAGCUUUACUUGACUUGGGUACAGGGGUUAAUUUACUGCCUUUUAGUGUGUAUGAACAGCUGGGUUUGGGGGAAUUAAAGACCACUUCUAUUAUUUUACAGCUUGCUGACAGAUCCAUCAAAAUACCCAAGGGAAAUUCUACUGAGGUGCAGUGGAAGCUCAAAUUUGAGCCAUUACUAGCACUUCCAGCAGCAUUAAAGCCUUCCACAAAAAAGAUCUCAGUGCUAGAAUUAAAGUCCCUGCCUUCAAAAUUGAAAUAUGCUGACCUGGGUCUAGAAAAUUCAUUUCCAGUAGUAAUUUCUUCUCAAUUAACUCCUGACCAAGAGAGUAAGUUACUGACCAUGCUGAAACAACAUAAUGCAGCCAUUGGUUGGUCCAUUGCUGACAUAAAAUGUAUAAGCCCUCUUACUUGCACUCAUAGGAUAUACUUAGAAGAAGACUCAAUACCUUCUAGGGAGAUGCAAAUGAGAUUAAAUCCUACAAUGAAGAAAAUAGUAAAAGCUGAGGUUUUGAAACUUUUAGACAUAGACAUCAUAUAUCCCAUUGCAGACAGCAAAUGUGUUAGUCUAAUCCAAGUAGUUCUAAAAACAUCUGGGGUGACAGUGAUAGAAAAUAACAAGGGGGAGUUAGUGCCUACUAGGGUGACCACAGGCUGGAGAAUGUGUGUAGACUAUAGGAAACUCAAUGAGCAUCUAGGAAAGACCAUUUUCCCUUACCUUUCCUUGACCAGAUUUUAG